CCAAGCCUAGUUCUCCCUUCAAAAAGAGAAGCCAAGUUCUAAUUUACAAUAAUAGCAUUUUGGUUACAAACCCUGUGGCACCAUUGUUGCCAUUACUGUCACUGUUAUGGCCAUUGAUCUAUCAAGAAUUUCUCUCCGUCCCUUUAAGCUAACAGACGUGGAUGAUUUCAUGUUAUGGGCAGGUGAUGAUCAAGUUACACGGUUCCUCCGAUGGAAGACUUUUACAUCUAAGGAGGAGGCUUUGACUUUCAUCAAUGAUGUUUGCAUACCCCAUCCAUGGCGUCGAUCCAUAUGCAUCGAUGACCGUUCGAUCGGCUUCAUCUCCAUUUUCCCAGGAUCGGGUGAUGACAGGUGUAGGGCUGAUAUGGGGUAUGGUAUAGCCACAAAGUACUGGGGCCAGGGAAUAACUACCAAGGCAGUGAAGACUGCUCUCUCACAAGUGUUCAAGGACUUGCCUAAUUUGGUAAGGUUGCAAUCUUUUGUUGUUGUAGAGAAUAUAGCAUCUCAAAGGGUCCUAGAAAAAGCUGGGUUCCUCAAGGAGGGUAUGCUGAGGAAGUAUACCUAUCUUAAGGGGAAUUUAGAGGACUUGUUUGUCUACAGCUUUUUAGCCACAGACUCCUUCCCAGUUGUUGACCCUUAGAUUGUUGUGGAAGAAGUAUUGCUAUUGGUAUGAUGAUUAAGUGGAAAAUUCUACCCUGCAGUCAUUACAAUGACUUCUACAAAAUUUGGAAAGUAAUGCAUGUAGCACUCAACCUAUAAGGUUGCACUAUUCAAAUUUUAAUGGUUUGUAGGUCAAUAGAAUAACUUUGCGUAUAAUGAUGUAUGUGAUGUAAUGUAUACAUUUUCUUUGAUGUAUUGUGUUUAUGGUAUUUUGUGUGAUUUUUAUUGCCAAUGAUUUCAUCAAGAUGAUUUGGCUAUGGAAAUACAGAGUUGAAAUGUCCAAUUAUUUUUUAUAA